AUGGAGGUGAGAUAUGAUUCUUCUGCGUAUCCCCAGGGUUCAAAUAUGGCGUAUGACCUAGGAAGUAUUUUGAGCAAAAAUGGCCACAAUUUUUUCCGCGACAUCUUUUCUACUACAGUUGUAUCCGACUCCGGCAAGGAUAAGGUGAAUAUUGCAAACGCGCUUCACUUGGUGGAUGUAUUUUGUCAUAUUGUAGCUGAAGAGGCAAAGAAAAACGAUGGUGGAGAGUUAAUAGAAACAUUGAACGAGGAUUUACGUAAAACUACGAAACAUUCCAACACACCUAUAUAUUGGCAAUACUUAAAAGAACAUUGCGCCGGCCUUCAGUCCCAAUUAGACAAAUUGUUCGCUGAUGGCGCCUUUUCGCAGACCGGGCAGUCGCCAAAGGUUUCAAUGCUUAAGACGAAGGAAUUCGCAGAAAGAACAGCGCAGUGGUUAAGAGAGAAUUUGAAAAACGUGAAAAACCAUUUGCAAAAUUGUGUGAUAAGCAUCGGUGAUAUAGACGGUAGAAACACCCGUAAACUUGGAGAACAUUUUACGAAAAAUGUCUUCGCCUACGGAUUCAUAUUUGGUUUCAAUCCCAAUGGAUCACACAGGAUGAAUGCAGCGGAUUUGCUUAAAAUAUGGGGCAGUGUAAUUGACACACUGAAGCAAAAAGCUGAUGGUUUGGAGAAACUUGAAGAAAUUUUGAAUGGUAAACUCCCAGCCCCCCCUCCACCUGAGCCUGUAUCGCCUCAGCCUAAUCAAACCGAAGCCACGAAUCCGGUGGUUGUGAUUGCACCGGGAGCGCAGAGACAGGAUAAGCAGGGUGAGGGACCACAGGAUCGCAGUAGUGCUCCAAGUGCAGCAACAUUUUCAGAUUCACAGCUUGGAAAUUCUGAUUCACUCUCAACUUCUGUUGUUAAAGGAGACGCAGAUACGGCAAGGCCUAAGGGAGAUCCAGGCACACCGGGGCCUGGUGGUCCACAGCCUCAGGAUAACUCUCGGUCUCAAGCUCAACGGAUCGUUCAACCGCAGAAGCCUAUUCAAUCCCAACUAGCGCCUUCAUCUUCAGUGUUUCCCCACAGUGCUGCUGGUCUGGCAGUUGAUCCGGGUAAGGGUUCAGUGGGCGGCGUUCCUUCAGGUCAACAGCGCGCAGCCUCUCAAUCCCCUUCACGUAUUCAGCCUACAGGUGUUCAACGUGCAGACCAUACGUCACAUGGUGUUCCCGAUGCUGGUAGUGAAGUACGCCUCGGUGGCCAGGCCUCUUCUUCUCAGUUUUCUCAGCACAAUGGCAUUGCCUCUCCAACAGAUACAAACUUCGUCAGUAGUUUGAACUCUGGUUUUGUUUCAAGUUCAGGUGGCGGUGGAGUUAAUGGAAUCGGUGAUCCGACAUCUGGGAGCAAUGCGACGCACAAUCAGCGGAUCAAAGUACCUAAUAAUAUGAUACCGGAUCGGUGUGCUGGUGGUAUUCAUGUGCGUGAUAAUGACACUUCAUAUUGUCAGACAAAAGGUGUUGCGGUGAAGGCACGGGACUGGCAAACAAAAUGGGAAAGAGCAGAGAACCAAAAAUGGAUAGACGACAAACGUAAACAGCAGGAAGCAUUAAAUCAGGCGGCUCUACAACGGGAUUUUCAGAACAGCAUUGAGAUACAAACAAAAUCCAUCAGGGAACAUCCCAGCAGGCGUAGUUACCCUCAUGCUCCGCGAGUGGCAGCUGAAUUGAAGAAGCGGAACUCAAAAGGCGACCCACAAGCAUUAUCAGUGCGCAAACAUCGAGAUAACGUACAAGUUGGAGAAGCCACUGGACAUGCUGCAUCGGGCGCCAGUGGCAUACCGCGUAGUAUGCGUACUCCAAUAAUACACGUUUUAGGUCACGCCUUGAAACGCCCGGAUGUAAAGUCAGCGGAGUCAAUUAGGCCAUUGAUUCAUCACAAAUUUAUGACGCGAACUUUACCCUCGGAUCCUAUUGUGAAGUUACCCAAAAAGCUCAACCGUGCGAUUGCCAAGAGAGUCAUCCAACCCAUUAAAGUACUUUUCGAUAAGCCGCCGCCCAUGAGUCUGCCACAUAUUCCGAGAAGAAUACGGUUAUCAAAAUCAUUUCUAGAAUUCCCUCCCCCAUCCCUCACACCUGUUGACUUCGACGAUCACCCGGCUGCCGCAGUCAUUCCAAGCGUAUGCCCGGUCAAAUACGCGAAUACGGCGGUUGAUAAACUACCGCCCACAGAUACGUCUCGACCAUCACCCAGAACCGUACGUGAGAUGCUGUGCUGGCUGGGGGAUUUGCCGAACGCACCAAGCUACGAAGAAUUGAUUAAGCACAUCAUGUAUGUUUUUGGCAAAUCUAAAUCAAUUGAUGCUAUCCCGGAAUCUUUCUCCACCGAGGAUGUCACCGAAGCUUUGUCCCAGACCUGUGGCCACGCCAGUUCUGUGCUUGCUGGCAUACAUGGGUCUGGUCCUGACGUAUCGAAAUCCCACUAUGAACGCUACGGCGCUCCCCUGAUGUACUACUCCGACGACCCUCAUACGCUGCUGUGUCAGGUGCUUAGCUAUGUCUAUGCAACGUGUCAUCAGUUGUCGUUUCUGCGUACACAGUGCCGAAGGGGAAGAGAUUCGGGUGGGUGGAGUGACUGUCAGUUUGGUAAAGGUGUAAAGUCUUCUGAAACAUGGCAGUGCACUGAACAUCCGCUGGGUUUCAAGAAAUCUAAUCACAGGGGCUGCAAUCCCUCUCCUCUACAAGGAUUUCUCACCGACUGCUCUGUCCUGCCUACCUACUGGUAUGAUAGGGAUAACACAUGCCGAGUGAGCCAUAUCAAAAUGGGUUUCAAUUCAGCGCAUUUCCCAAUGAAAGCGAAAAACGGAUUCUACAUAUAUAGCUUCUUGAUUGGACCGUGUUAUAAUAAUGUAGACCCGCUCGAGAAGCUUUGCAGAUAUCUCAUCUGCCUCACUAGGCGAACGCCGCGUACCACCGGGGAACUGCUCUCGUUCUUCCACAACUUCGGGAGUGAGUUGCACAAACAUGUUACAGGAAGCUUGUCCGACCUAGGCAUCGCACUCACCAAUGCGCCUAAGUUAUUUCCUAAAUGGGAGCAUCUUGGUAAAUCCGACCUCAAAGCCCUGCAGGACAUCGGGGGUUCCGACUCUUCAAAUCACGGCCAUGUCAAAACUCUAUCCACGUUGGUUGGGUGUGAGAUAAAACCUGUGAACUGCCCUAAACUUUGCUGGCCCAUCAUGCACCGGCCCUACGCCGUCUACUCGCCAUGCCUCGCCCAGACAUACCUCAGCUGGGUGGUCUACCUGGCCGAUACACUCCGCGAGUCACUCGACAGGUUGCGUUACGAUUUCACUAGGCACAAAGUUUCCAAGUGCGGAUCAAUUCAUCACUGCCACGACGCCCUGCCCUACCUCUACUUUCACGGGUUCACGCCACCGGAGGGCACGUCAACAUCACUAGUCACGUGUUCACAGGUCAUCACCAAGUUAGAGGAAGUGAUCAACGGUGGGCCUAUCGCGAAGCUUAUAACCUGCAUGGACAAGUUCCUCUACAGGGUACGUGGGCCAUUCAUCUUCCUCAGCCUCGCACUGUGGCCCACCGCAUUCCUCUUGUUCGCCCACACGGCGCUAUACCGCCUGGACGUGCUGCGCAUACAAUCUCACUUCAUGCGCUCCAGGGGGUCUCACGUCAUCGAUGUCAAGGCGUUACUCACGGACGGCACGAAGAUGCCCUCGCUCUACGACAUCGAUUACUUCGACGACGAAGCACUCGCGCACGCGUGGAACAGAAUUUAUUAA